GAGAUCAGUCAUAAAAAAGUCAGCAGAGUGUGUGUCUAGUGUUUGGACGAUGAUGGUGGUUACGUCGUAGCAUCAUGUCGCUCUUUGUUAAUUUAUUCUAGAUUUCCCAUCAUCAAAUCGUAAAUUAUCAAAUUUUACUUAAAAUAUGACGAUAAUCGUAUUUCUAAUCGAUACUUCUGCGUCUAUGAACCAAAGAGGUUAUUUAGGUGGACGCCCAACUUUACUAGACGUAGCAAAAGGAGCUGUAGAAACAUUUGUCAAGGUAAGACAGCGAUCACCGGAGAGCAGGGGUGACAGAUAUAUGUUAAUGACAUUUGAGGAUCCCCCAAAUAAUAUCAAGGCGGGAUGGAAGGAGAACUUGGCUACGUUCAUGAACGAACUGAAGAACCUCCAGUGUCAGGGAAUGACCAUGAUGGGCGCUGCGCUCAAACACGCAUUCGAUGUUCUCAACAUCAACCGAAUGCAGACAGGCAUUGACACCUAUGGCCAGGGUCGCUGUCCGUUCUUUCUUGAGCCAUCCGUCAUCGUAGUAAUUACUGAUGGAAGCAAGUUAUCUAACACUAGUGGAGUCCAAGAAGACUUCAACUUGCCGAUGCACUCUCCCAUACCCGGGUCAGAGAUGACAAGAGAACCUUUCCGAUGGGACCAGCGGCUGUUCUCCCUGGUGCUGCGCAUGUCUGGUACGCCCGCACUCGAUCGUGACACCGGCCUUGUCCCAAGCGACACUUCGCCUAUCGAUGCCAUGUGCGAGGUUACUGGAGGACGUUCAUAUUCCAUUACCUCACAGAGGAUGUUGAUGCAAUGCAUCGACAGUUUAGUGCUAAAAGUACAGAGUGGGGUCGUCAUUAACUUUGAAAAGAUCGGUCCAGAUCCAACUCCAAUCACUAAUGAAAACUCGAGAGAGGGCAGUGAGGAUGGAGACCUGGAACAGGAACAGAGGGACUGGGACAAGGAAGUCAUCAACCCUAACAAUCACGCAGAACUCAAGCUGCCCAACAAUGGGAAUCGCAACGGUGGGACAGGAACUCACACGCCACUAGGGCCGGGCCCUACACUCAAUAACACAGCUUGGCACAACUGCCGCAGACUCAUCUACGUACCGAAGUCUGCACAGAAGGGGUUCGCAAUCGGCUUCUGGCCCAUCCCUGAGUCUUUCUGGCCAGACCUCUCCGCGUCUUCUUUGCCGCCGCGGUCAGCCCACCCCAACGUUAAGUUCAUGUGCACUAGUCAAGAGCCAAUGGUGAUAGAGAACCUUCCCUUCGACAAGUAUGAGCUGGAACCUAGUCCUCUCACGCAGUAUAUUUUGGCCAGGAAGCAGCCUACUGUCUGUUGGCAGGUUUUUGUGCCAAAUAGUUACCGCAACUCAGACGUGGGUCACCCGUUUGGUUAUCUGAAGGCUUCUACCAACCUGACAUGUGUGAACCUGUUUGUGAUGCCGUACAACUACCCGGCCCUGCUGCCCUUGCUUGAUGACCUGUUCAAGGUGCACAGACAGAAGCCGACCCCAGAGUGGAGGACUCAGUUUGCAAACUAUUUACGCACCAUGCCUCUCUACUAUGCCGGGCCGUUGCGCCGUGCCCUGGCUCGAAUGUGCAGCCCACAGUCGAACUUGCCGCAGACACUAGUGCCCGACUCGUUAGAGAACUCUCUCAGCUAUUCCGUGCUAAACUACCUCAAGCGGCUCAAGAACCAAGCUAAGCUGGAGUAUGACCGGUUGUGUAGCGAGGUCAGCAGCAAGCAGCCGCCACUGGGCAGCAAGGCUACUGUUGUUACUAGCACUGUCAACGAGGGUAUCCGGGUCGUGCCACGGACACAACUCCGUCGUGACCUCAUCUCUCACCCUCUACUACAAGAUAAAUUCACAUCGAUGAAGGAACAAUUGAACGAGUUUUCAGGAUUUGUUGUGGGAGUGGUGCGCAAUCGGCAGCAUCAGCACAGAGUAGGAGGCCAGAGUCUGCGGAAUCCCUUCGACAUCCCAAGACGCAACCUUCUUGACCAGGUUGUGCGUAUGAGAGCAAACUUCCUCCAGCCCGCCUUCAAACACACCAAACUGCUUGAUGAAGACUAUAUCCACAGCAUGCCAGUGAGUCAGAUGGGUAACUAUCAAGAGUACUUGAAGCGCAUGCCGUCUCCUCUGCGAGAGGUGGAGUCUACACCAGUCAGGCAGCAUAUGUUUGGCAACCCCUUCAAGAUUGAUAAGAGGAUGAUGGUGGACGAGGCAGAUAUUGACCUGGUAUCGAGUGGAUCACCCCACCGCGGAGGAACCAAGAGAGGGGCUAGUGAGCCACUCAGUCCGAGGCCCCCCAACAAACGCAAGCCAGGUCCAAUACCACGAGAGGUGAUAGUGCGUCGCCCAGUCAGUCCAGCUCCGUCUCCAUCUCCAUCGCCGUCUCCGACUCCUCCCGUAAACUCUCCGCCCCCAAGCCUGCCGCCGCCACUAAUCCCUGCCGUCAUAGCUAACGGUGAUAUCGAUGAUCUAAAUAGUUUAAGCCCUGAAGAUAGCCGUGCAAGGUCUCCUUCCCCUCCUCCCCUCCAACCAUAUGAUGAGUGCUCUCCCCUCCCUCUCCCCCUUGAUAGUGCCCCCAUCCUUGGGCUCUCCCCUCCUCCCCUCACACUAAUGGAGGACGAAAGUCCUGCCAUUGAUUGGCAGCCCAAUCACAUUUCCGAAGGGUUCCAAAACCACACCCCCCAUUCUCCGGCUGGACUGAAUGAUAUUAAACCCAGCGAUUUGCCGAUCUCCAAAUCGGAAAUGGCAGAAGUCCGACAGCACAACCUCAACGUUCGAACGUUAGCGUAUAGAGAAGUGAGGCGGCCUGGAAUAAAUUACGCACCGUUAUUUGGCCACCUGGAACAAAUGCGUGGGAGUGUCCAUGUUCGCGCGAAAGUUUUAAAAGACAUCAUCAACGAGUCGUUGCGCUUUAAGCGCCGGAAACUUGCUAAUUUGUUGGACGAAUUUCUGCAAUCGAUGCUAACCGGCGCCAACGGAGAGAGAUGAGUUUUGGAUUGCUACAAAAUUUAAAACUGUCUCCCGGCGCGUGAAACACCACUGAUCACUGCACUAAGGUUUACCGCUUCAGUGCCCUCGAGCGAGCUGUAAAUAUGUUUAUAUUUGAAAAUCAAUUUGAUUCUGUACAUUUACGCGGAGCAUAACACUUCUGACCUGUGUUACUUAUUUAGAGAAGGACCUGGUUAUUUUAUUAUUAUUUAAACUUAUUUAUUUUCAGUCAGGAUUUUUUAAAUGCCACUUAUUAUGAAAUAUUAAAUUGGCUGCAAUACCAUUCAAAUUAUUGAAUGAAAGAUUUUUAUUUAAGAAAAAAUAUUUAAUUUAUAACAUACAAAUGGACCAUAUUUAUGCUGUGAUGAAAGUAUCACAAACCCGCAAUAACAACAUUGUACAAACAUAAUUAUUUAAAUGUAUAUUGGAUGAUAGAGUAUUUUGAAGAUCGCUUUGUUUCCAAGGCACUGUUUGUAAUUAUAAAUAUAUCUAUCGUUUCUUAGAAUGCAAAA